AUGAACGACAAUGGUGUGGAGCAGUCGUCGGGGGAAAAGCUCAAACGCCGCCGCUGUCGGACUGGAUGCUUGACAUGUCGCCAAAGGAAAAAACGAUGUGAUGAACUCUUUAGCCCAGUCACGAAGCGCUGUGAAACUUGUUCUCGGCUAGGGUUGUCUUGUCGUGUGGCUCGACCUCGUCUUGAAGUUGCUGUACAGGACAAUGUCAUAUCCGAUCAGUCCGAAAAGCCCGUCAGUUCUACUUCAGAGCCAACAGUUUCCACCCUUGCGCUAGAAUCAUCAAACAACGAAGCUUCUUCUUCGCCAUUGGUCCAAACCCCAAGCGAAAAUAGCACUGACGAGGAUUUAUCGGACCAUGAGCUCGAGAUAAUUUCGGGAGAAAGCACCCUUGCAUCACAAACUGCCGGUAAAAUAGAGAUAUCGGUUCAGAAUGCCAAUGCCGCUCAUCAAGGCCUAAUCUGCCCUCCCCCAGUCCAAGGCAACCUGGAAGUAGAGGAGCUAUCGCACAUAGAUUACUACCGAAAGAAUGUAAUCUCGGCCACUUCCAUCAUCUCAGAUGAGGAUACAGGGCUUCAUCAGUUGGUUGCGAGAGCGUUCAACACCAAGCACUUGAUGAGCGCUUUGCUGGCAUAUUCCAUGGCACAUCGAGCACAAGCAUCUGGAGACAUAUCUAUUGCAGAGUCUUUCCGCCAACAAGCCACUACGCAAUAUGGGAAAGCCAUCAUGGCCCUUCGAUCGGCUUUAAGCAGCAAAGACGAAGAUUUUGAAAACCUCAUCUCCUCGACUCUCCUCCUCGCCGCUACAGAGACUACCAUGGGCGGAGUGUCAGACUGGUAUAGCCACUGUAUAGGGGCAAAUCAGCUGGUGCGCGCCUUUGCGGCAAAGAUUAACGUAGAAUAUUCUGCGUAUCAUCAGUUCCUGAUUCGAUAUCUCAUGUAUCAUGACGUUCUUGGCGCGGUUACCAUGCGCCAGACACCAAUACUGGAUUCAUCUUUCUACAAACGAGAGAUUAUGGGCCUAGCCUCUGACUUUACCCAUCCUAUGGUUGGCGCACAUGUUAGGAUUCUAUCUCUGAUGGCCAGAAUCUGUCAGCUGCAAGAAAGAGGGGUUGAAUGGAAGGCCAAGCCGGAAGAGUCAAGCUUCGCCAUUGCGCAAAUUUACGGCGAAGGUGCGGAGAUUGAACAGCAGCUGGCUUGUCUCAAACUGCCGCCUCCUCUUCCGCUUCUCCUAUGCUUCGUUGCAGAAGCAUAUCGCAGCUCGGCACUACUUUAUUUGUAUCAAGUACUAGAAGAAGUAGAGGGUAGCGCCCUGAAAAGCGGGUUUCUAGAAGACAAGUGUGAGUAUCAUUUAGAUAGCUUGAAGCAACACAUCGCGCGCGUGCCGCUCUCAUCAGCGCCGGCUUCCGCGCUUCUAUUUCCGCUUUUCAUAGCGGGCACAUGCGUAAAGCAGCCAGAUGACAAAGAGUUUGUACGGUCGAAACUAUCGGAUCUCUACCAUGCGACUUCUACUCAGCCUACAAAACCUCAAAGAGCACUCGACAUGACAUCUGGAGCAUCCAGCUGCUGUGAGACUGGCGUUGGCCAUGACAUUUCUUCUGAGCUCCUACCGCCAGAGCAUCGCCCACUAGGGUCCAUUUUGCCGGAGGAGAUUCGACUAACUUCAUCUCUCAUACGAGCUCAAUUUCCUCCUGGAACUGUCUUUGCGUUCCGAGUAAUAUCUCUUGUUGAACCACGAAAGGCAGAGCUGAAGCCACACCUCGAAGCUCUACGUAGCGGUUCCAGUCCUCCAGACACGCCCUUCCCGGCCAGAGUCACCUUUGCCCAUUACUAUGUCCAAGGUCCAAAGGAUUUUUAUAGAGCAUACGUCGAUGUAUCGGAUAAAUCGCCAAAGUUAAUUGCUAAUGAGAAGCUCGAUGCAAAGAGACACGCAAUCUCGGAUCCGGCUGAGAUGAUGCGCGCCGAAAAGGCUUGUCUCAAUGACCCGCUCAUUGUUGAGCAGAUUCGCCAGCUUUCGCUUCCAGCUGGGAGUCAGGUCAUGAUUGAUCCGUGGACCUAUGCUACAGACGACAAGCUUGACGUGGAAAAUAGGACUCUUAUUUGCUACUUCUACCUCAAGGGUGAUGCUUCUGAAGAUAAUGCAAACCACUACGCCUAUCCACUGGACUUCUACUGUCAAUUCGAUAUGGUUAAGCUCGAAGUGGUCAAGCUAUUCCGACUACCGAAGAAGGACUUUGAGCAUGAAGUCGAAAUUACGCAGAAUGAGAUACAGUCUGCGGAAUCUGCUCCAUGGUCAACCGUGUCUCUUGAUCGCCAAAACGAAUAUCAUCCAGACUUGAGAUCUGGCCCGAAGAAGAUCCCAGCUCCUUUGCGCGUUGUGCAGCCAGAUGGCCCAUCUUUUCGCAUUACGGGCAAUGUGUUGGAAUGGAUGGGCUGGAAAAUUCACGUCGGAUUCAACUACCGUGAAGGCAUAACCUUGCAUAACAUCACCCUUGACGGACGCAAUACUUUUUACCGCCUAUCACUUUCUGAGAUGUUCGUUCCAUACGCCGACCCAAGAGCUCCCUACCAUAGAAAAGCCGCAUUCGAUCUCGGAAGCAACGGCGCUGGUGUUUGUGCCAACAACCUUGCCCUUGGCUGUGAUUGUCUGGGUCUAAUUAAGUACUUUGAUGCUCAUUUGACUGACAUCAAUGGUAACCCCCGGGUAAUGAAGAACGUCAUUUGCUGUCAUGAGGUUGACGAUGGGCUUUUGUGGAAACAUCUCAAUUUCAGAACCCAAAAAGCUGCUCUCGUGCGUUCGCGUACCCUUGUUCUGCAGAGCAUAAUUACGGUCUCAAACUACGAGUACAUUCUCGCAUUUAUCUUUGACACAGCUGGUGCCAUUCACUAUGAAGUCCGAGCGACUGGAAUAGUCUCUACGGUACCCAUCGAACAAGGAGUCAAGUCUAGCGCCCAUGGAACUGUUGUUGCGGACGGAGCAAUGGCGCCAUAUCACCAGCAUUUUUUUAACCUCAGAAUUGAUCCCGCAAUUGACGGCGAUGGAAACUCCGUGAUUGUGGAAGAGACGGUCCCUCUACCAAUCAAUGAAGGCAAUCCUCAAGGCAUAGGAUACCACAUUCAAUCGAAAGUAGUAGAAAAGGAGGGCUUUGCGGACAUUGAUCCUCUAAAGAAUCGAGUCUUCAAGAUAAUCAAUCCUUCGAGCCGCAAUCCGGUAAAUGAUAAGCCAGUUGCCUAUGCCGUUGUUCCGUUCAACAGUCAACUCAUGCUUGCUAGCCCGGAUUCAUUCCACGCACGGCGCUCCGAAUUCCCUCUGCACAGCAUGUGGUUUACCAAAUACCACGAUGACGAGCUUUAUGCGUCUGGGGAAUGGACGAACCAAUCUGCAGGGCGUGAGGGUAUACUAAGCUGGAUCAAUAGUAGAGAUGAAGAGAUAGAGGAUGGCGAUGUGGUUGUCUGGCAUACCUUUGGUACCACUCACAACCCUCGUGUCGAGGAUUGGCCUGUCAUGCCGGUUGAUAAACUCCAGGUUACAUUGAAACCUGUAAACUUCUUCCCGCGAAACCCUGCCAUUGAUUUGCCCAUGAGCACUCAGAAAGAUAACAACUCCAAGCUGUACAGUCGGAUGUAA